CGUUUUACCUAUAGAGUGCAUUGGAAGGUUCAGGACAACGAACAGGCUAGGGUUCUUGCUCUUCUUGGAGGCGUAAGCGCGUCUACGCGAUCGAUAGCUAUCGCGCAUUGCCGGUGGGCGCGCAUUUGGGGAAAAAUCUGCCGCGCUGGAGUGGAUCGAUGCGACGGCAGCGGCUCGGGGAUGAGAUAGCAGGAUUUCGCGAAAUGUAGGCGAGGAGGUCUCGGGAUUUGGAUUUCUUGCUCGCGCCGGAGCUGGAUUAUGGCGACAUUCAAGAAAGCGGCGACAACGCAGCAGCGAUGGCGAAAUUUCGGAUGCCGCAAAUCUGUCGCGGUCUCUCUCGUUGUUUCUGUGAUCGCUCCCCUCCUCUUCCUGGCCGGGCGAGCGGGGAGCUUCACAUCAGCGUUUGGUCACAAGGAAUUCACCACCGACUGGGCAUCGACUCUUAGCCACAGCGAAAGCACGAGAAAGCUGAGCGCAUUAGAGCAAAACUUUCCUCAAGAGGCCCUUAAAGCAGCGUCUACCGAUCCAGAGCCCUUGAAUCUCAACAUCGUUGGCCAGGAUUUGUCAUCCUCAUUGAUUCAAGAAGAAACAAUUGAUGUCAGCAGGACAGAUGCCACCUCUUAUCAGCAAGAGGAUCCGGCAGAGCACACUGCAGACAAGCUGGAAGAACAAAAAUUGGCACUGAGAACUAGCAGCUCAGAGGAGCAGCGAGAUACGCCUGACAAUUCUGUUGUUGGUGGACAGCACGAUGGACCCCAACUCCUUCAAGUUAAGGUGUCGGACUCGGGUGCGGACCAGAUUGGAAAAGAGGAAUCCAAUGCCAAGGAAAACCCCGUCCCCGAACCAAAUCGAAGGAAAGAAAAGAAAGGCAGCAUUCACGAUUCUUUGAUUCGAGCAUUGCGAGACCAGCUUAUUAUGGGGAAGGCAUACGCAACGCUGGCGCAGGCUCAAAACAACUUACGGCUGCUACAGGAGUUGAAAGUUCAAACCAAAGAAAUUCAGGAGAUUCUUCUCGAGGCAGAGACAGAUUCUGAGCUCCCAAACAGUGCUCGCUCAAAGAUCAAGUAUAUGGGGGAAAUACUGGAAAGAGCAAAAGCUCAACAUUAUGACUGCACGGCCAUGGUUAAAAAGCUUCGAGCAAUGCUGCACGCCACUGAGCAAGAAGGACGUAUGCUCAAGAAACAAAGCGUGUUCCUGAGUCAGCUAGCUGCGAAGACAAUUCCCAAGGGCCUUCAUUGCCUUUCGAUGCGGUUGAGCGUGGAGUUCUACUCCCUUCCUCCUGAAAGCCGGGAAUUACCUCACCAGGAGAAUUUGGAAGAUCCAAACCUCUACCAUUAUGCGCUGUUUUCUGACAACGUAUUAGCGACAUCAGUGGUGAUCAACUCGACUGUUUCUACUGCGAAGGAUCCCAGAAGGCACGUAUUUCAUCUGGUAACAGAUAAGCUCAACUACGGUGCUAUGAAGAUGUGGUUUCUGGCAAAUCCGCCGAAAGGUGCGACAGUAGACGUCCAGAACAUCGACGAUUUCAAGUGGCUGAACUCGUCGUACUGCCCGGUUCUUCGUCAGCUCGAAUCGGUGACGAUGAAAGAGUACUACUUCCGCUCAAACAAUCCUUCGGUGGCAACUGGUUUGAAGUACAGGAAUCCCAAGUACCUCUCCAUGCUCAACCACUUGCGCUUUUAUCUCCCGGAGAUUUACCCCAAGCUGGACAAGAUUCUGUUCCUGGACGAUGACAUCGUGGUCCAGAAAGACUUGACACCUCUCUGGUCCAUCAAUCUCCGCGGCAACGUCAACGGAGCGGUUGAGACGUGCGGGGCCAGCUUCCAUCGCUUCGACAAGUAUCUCAACUUCUCCAACCCGCUCAUCUCCAAGAGCUUCGAUCCCAACGCGUGCGGCUGGGCCUACGGCAUGAACAUCUUCGAUCUGCGCCAGUGGAGAGACAAAGACAUCACUGGCAUCUAUCACAGAUGGCAAGACAUGAACGAGGACAGGACGCUGUGGAAGCUGGGGACCCUUCCACCAGGCCUCAUUACGUUCUACAACCUCACGUACUCGCUCAACAAGCACUGGCACGUACUGGGGCUGGGCUAUAACUCGGAGGUGAAGAGCAAGGACAUCCACAGCGCGGCGGUUAUACACUACAAUGGCAACAUGAAACCGUGGCUGGAGAUCGGCAUGGCCAAGUACAAGCACUACUGGAGCAGGCACGUAAUGUUUGAUCACCCCUACUUGCAGCAGUGCAACAUCAACGAGUAGAGAAAGUUUUGGUUGAGAGGGUCGCGCGGUCGUUUUCGUAAAAGAGGCUGGCGAAGCAAAGCGCGCAGGGGGUUUUUUCAGAGAGACAUGGUCCAAUCCAAUCUACUAACCAGGAAUUCUUCAUUCAAGAUUUUUCAUUCUUUUUUGUUGUUUUCUCUGAAAGCCGGGUUUUCAAAUUUGUAAAAUAUAUCCUGAAAAUAAAAGCAUGAAAUCCAAGAGAUAUAA